AUGAUAGCUAUCUUCAAUCUAGACUGGUUUUCUAUUAUUUUUCUCUUCUUCCUCCUCCAAAUGCUCACCAUGGUACUUUUAAGAAACAAGAGAGGAAACCAAAGUGCUAAACUUCCUCCUGGCCCUCCAAGACUCCCCAUCAUAGGCAACCUACAUCAACUAGGGAAUUUGCCUCAUCACUCUCUUCACAAAAUUUCUCAAAAAUAUGGUCCAAUUAUGUUCUUGAAGUUAGGCAGCACGCCCACCAUUAUUAUUUCAUCAGCUAAAAUGGCUCAAGAGGUUAUGAAAACUCACGACCUUGAUUGUUGCAGCCGUCCUCUCUCUCCUGGGCCAAAGAGAUUAUCAUACAACCAUUUAGAUGUGGCAUUUGCACCAUAUAGCGAUUAUUGGAGAGAGAUGCGCAAGCUCUUCAUUUUUGAGCUUUUAAGCAUGAAAAGGGUGCAGUCUUUUGGGUAUGUCAGGGAGGCUGAGGUUGAUAAGUUGAUUACAUCCUUAUCUGAAGCAUUCCCGAACCCUAUCAAUCUCAAUGAAAAGAUAUUUACUCUUGGAGAUGGUAUCAUUGGCACGGUUGCCUUUGGUAAGAUAUAUGCAACUAAACAGUUUAAGCAUAAAGCAUUUCAGCACGUUCUUGAUGAGGCCAUGAAUAUGUUGGCUAGUUUUUCGGCGGAGGAUUUUUUCCCAACGAUAGGUCAAUUCAUAGACUAUUUGACAGGGCUUAAAACCAGGCGUGAGCGGAUCUUUAAAGAACUUGAUGCUUACUUUGAAAUGGUGCUCAACCAACACCUUGAUCCAAAUAGACCUCAACCAGAGCAUGAAGAUUUCGUUGAUAUCUUGGUUCAAUUGUUAAAAGAUCAAAGUUUUGGUCUCACAAAAGACCAUGUCAAGGCAAUUCUCCUGGAUACUUUUGUUGGUGGCAUAGACACUAGUGCUAUCACAAUGUUGUGGGCAAUGUCAGAGCUAAUUAAGAACCCUAGAGUCAUGAAGAAAGUGCAGAUUGAAAUCAGAAACACCGUUGGGAAAAAGGCAAAAGUGGAUGGAGAAAGUGUUGCAAAUCUUAACUACCUAAAAAUGGUAGUGAAAGAAACUUUCAGACUGCACCCACCAGCUACCUUGUUAAUCCCUCGAGAAACGAUGCGUCAUUGUGAAAUUGGUGGGUUUGAUAUUUUUCCUCAAACAAGAAUCAUGGUCAAUGCAUGGGCUAUUGGCAGAGACCCUGAUAGUUGGGAAAACCCCAAGGAGUUUCACCCUGAAAGAUUUGAGGAUAAAGACAUUGAUUUCAAAGGCGCACACUUUGAGUUGGUGCCUUUCGGAGCUGGUCGACGAAUUUGUCCUGGUCUAGCCAUGGGAGCUACAAAUAUUGAGUUCACUCUAGCCAAUUUGCUGUAUUGUUUUGACUGGGAAUUGCCCUGUGGGAUGAAUAGGGAAGAUAUCAGCAUGGAAGAAGAAGGUGGACUUACAUAUCACAGGAAGACACCCCUUAAUCUUAUACCAAUUAGAAAUGAACAAUAUGAAUUGACAAAGGGACCCAAUUAG